AUGAGCAGCUACGCAGCCCCGAGGACGACCCGCUCGCGCUCGUCGACGGUCUCGUCCGCGUCACGCGAGCCCAUCCAUGUCGCCGCUGCACCGCUGUCGAUCACCGGCGCUUCCACGUCAAGUCGCUCGCUCACUGGCACGAACGGCAGCAACGUGGCCUUGAACAGACCGCUCGGAUCGAACGUGGUCGCCGACAAGCUGGGUCGAUGGAGUGCCUCCCCCGAGCAUGGCAGGGGCAGUCCGUUGCAGCUCAGUACGAGUCAGCACACGCUCCGGACGAUCCGGGGCCCCAAGACUCCGGCCACGAGCAGCGACGACGACGACGUCAACGGGUACGACCACUCCGCUCGCGGCGAUGUGGACCCGUACAAGAGAGGUAACCCGAAAUUCGUCAUCGACCUCGCGUCAUCCGCGAGUAAGGACCAGUCCGGCUCCGGCUCUGGGGCGAGUUCAGACGCCCACUCUCGUCCGCGAGCGUCUACGUUCGGAGGUGUACCCUUGCCGCCCUCACCCUCGGACCACGUACGACCCGCUCCGAAGAAGACGGUACUCUCGCGCGCAGAGGAGGCCAACAAACAAGCGAACCGACCUUUGCUGUCGAGGCAACGCUCCGAUUCGUCGUUGCGCUCGAUUCCGUCCUCGUUGCAUCUCGGGGGCGCCUCGUUUGCUGAACGACGGCCCAUGUUGCACGCCGGGCUCAAGGCCGGUGCACUCUUCCUGUGUUCGCUCGUGGCACUCUACGUGUUGCUCAAGACGAUGCUUCCACCGAUCGACGAGGAGCACGAGAGCGCGGUCAAGCUGCCGAAAAGCUUUGACGAUCUCAAGGCGCUUAAUGUCGUACUCCAGGUGCGUGCCCGCGUCUCGCAUUGCAACCUAUGUACCUGUGCUGAACAACGAGUUGUUUGGCUAUUGAUAGAUCUACAAGCAACGGCACUACAACCGAGUGUUGGGUUGCUACGUCACUGUUUACAUGUUGUGAGUUCCUCCUUCGAACGGAUAAGCCCCACAACGUCCUGCAAGUUCUCUGACACACCCGAUUUGCUCCGCAUCAUAGCCUACAAGCCUUUUCCAUUCCGGGUAGCAUGUAUCUUUCGAUCCUAGGUGGCGCACUGUACGGUCUCAUGGCCUUGCCCUUAGUUUGUCUCGUCAGUUCGCCCGCUAUGCGCUCUUCCCUCCAGCUCGUCGAGUUCACAUCGCUAACUCCGCCACGGAUCCUCUCACCAUUUCCUCCCGCAGUGCGUCGCUACGGGCGCGUUGUUGUGUUACUUCAUCUCGCAAGCUCUAGGGCCCGCGGUCUUGCUCAAUUCCGAAAAGUGGCAACGCAGGGUCGACGCUUGGACCGCCCGCGUGUCUAAGCACAACGACAACCUCAUCUCUUACCUCAUCGUGCUCCGGUAAGUAUGAGCUGUAUUGGCUCUCCUCGGAAGCCCUUAGGCGCACCACUGACUGGACGCACUGCCCCCUCCCAGUAUCGCCCCCCUGCCCCCCCACUGGGUUGUCAAUGUCGUGGCGCCGCAUUUGGGCAUCUCGGUCUACAAGUUCUGGAUUUCGACUUUCUUCGGCAUCAUGGGCGUUUCGUACAUCCACGUCACGAUUGGUACGACGCUGGACCAAAUGACCUCCUCUUCCGACUUCCAUCUCAUCUCUUGGCAAAACGGCUUGGGUCUAGGAGGAAUCAUCGUCGCCGUACUCGUUCCGGUCGCGAUGAAGCGAUACUACAAACAGGACCUCGAGCAAGCCGCGGUUGACGAACCGGCCGAAGAAGAGGUUGUCGAAGGAGCAGAAGUGAGAAGAAGUGCAGAAUGGUCGAGAAGAGUAUCGGCGUCGGGCGGUGCGGGGGAAAGUGGGAGUGCGGGAAGGAGUCAGAGGAUCUCGAGUUUGGCUGGAACGGCUGGGACGGACGGGCCUAGCAUUCUUCCUAUUUACCACGAUCGUGCCGAGGUCCCGACUGGGUGGAACUCUUCUGCGAAGAAGCCGUUCUCGCUUGGCGAUGAUGACGAGGAUGGAGAUGAUGACGGUGGGAGUACAGGAGCAUGGGCCGGAUCGCAAGGCAACAUGGACAAAGCAUCGAAGCUGCUAGGCGUCACUGUCGUUCGGUAG